CUCCCUAUCAGCUGUGCCGCCGCGCGGUGAGCCGAGUAGCGGCAGCCUGGCGGCCACACGUAAGGGCACGGCACCAACAACGAACUUUAUAUUUCCUCACAAGUACGCGUCUUGUGUCAGUGGUCCACCGGCCACGAGAACUGUGGCCACAGCGGCUACGUAAGACCAGCUGAGCAGCAGCACCGUGGCAGCCUCCGCCCCCCGUGUGUGCCUGGCGGCCCAGCGGCAGUGCCAGUGCCUGGGUCUUGGUGUGCCCCGCCGCGGCCACUCGCCCCGCCACGGAUGACCAGAGGUAGGACGUGACCUGACCCAUGGCCUCUGACACUCCUUGUUUCGCGACUGAGCCUCAGAGCUGUACUUGUGGGUGAGACAAAAGCAAGAGAAUGGUGGUGCUGCUGCAGUUCAGGGCUUUGCCUGGGUUGAGGCUCACUAAUGUUGUCAGGCAGUUGAGUACUAAGGCCUCAAGAUUCACAGAUGGGGACAAGGUUGUGGUGCUGGGCAGGGAGUACACAGCUGAUCACAUGACUAAUGUGACCCCUCACCUGCUGUCUCACGUGGGUCGUAACCUCCACCUGCAACCUUACCAUCCCCUGAGUCAUGUGACCCAGCGCCUGACCCAGCACAUGUAUGGACGGUACCUCUCGCCACGAGGCAACCCUCUCUUCUCCAUCCACAGUCAGCUGUACCCAGUGGUCACAACGCAGCAGAACUUUGAUUCCUUACUUAUUCCAAAAGAUCAUGUCAGCAGAAAAAAGUCGGACAACUUUUAUGUCAAUGAGGGUCUUCUCCUUCGAGCACACACCAGUGCACAUCAGAGUGAGCUGAUCAGCAUGGGGUUUGACAACUUCCUGGUCAUUGGAGACGUGUACCGUCGGGAUGAGAUUGAUGCCUCACACUACCCAGUCUUUCACCAGGUGGAGGGUGUGAGGCUCUGCACUACAAAAGAGCUGUAUGGAACCCACCAAGACAUGGAUGAAUUUCAGCUGUUCCAAAGUGGAGAACAGACCAAGGAACAUCAAGGCGUUCACUGUCCAGAGGCUGUCCGACGGAUGGAAGCAGACCUGAAGAGCUGCUUGCUGGGCUUGGCCACCACACUGUUUGGCAAAGAUGUGGAGGCGCGCUGGGUGGACGCCUACUUCCCCUUCACUCACCCAUCGUGGGAGCUGGAGGUGCAGCUGAAUGGGGCGUGGGUGGAGAUGCUGGGCUGUGGCAUCAUGGAGCAGGAGAUACUCGUCAAUGCUGGUGUGGAGGACAAGAUUGGGUGGGCGUUUGGUCUGGGCCUGGAGCGCUGGGCCAUGAAGCUCUACGGCAUCCCCGACAUCAGGCUCUUCUGGACCACAGACUCGGGGUUCCUCUCACAGUUUAAGUUUGAGGACCCAGCCACCAAUGUUGUGUACAAAUCCGUGAGCAAAUACAAGCAGUGUAUUAACGACAUAAGCUUCUGGCUCCCCAAGGACAAAGACUACGACCCUGCAGACUUCUAUGACCUUGUGCGGUCUGUGGGAGACAGCUUGGUGGAGCAGGUGAACUUGGUAGACAACUUCACCCACCCCAAGAAGGGCCUCACCUCGCACUGCUACCGCAUCGUGUACCGCCACAUGGAGCGCGUGCUGACACAAGAAGAAGUAAAUGUCGUGCACCAGAGGAUAGAACAGGAGGCCGCCUCCUUUUUAGGGGUGGCUGUCAGAUGAGGUAAUGAAGUUGCUAUUUUUUCCAUCAAUUUCUAUCUGUGAUUGUAUUGUAGUCUUGUACAUUAUGCUGGGUGUUCUCUGUAAAAGACAGUGAAUUAUUAAACAUUAAGUAUUUGAGGUCCAGCUACAGGUUGUAACUAUGUAAAUACGAAAUGUGACUUUUGUUUAUUUGUACAGUUAAAUUAUCUAGAUCCAUUUAUACAAUGAGAUUUUUUUUUACCUGAUGUGACGGCAAAUGAUGUGUGCUAAGGUGCCACAUUUGAGUGAGAAAGUGGGAGAGGUUAUCCUGGGCACAGUAUUAUGGUACAUUUGCUGUUUUAUUCAUGCCCUUUGUUUAAGAACUCGUAAGAAGAAAAAAUCACUGAUGUAGUUCAAAUAUUAUAUUGGCUCAGUUUUUCCUGAUAAGGGUAUAAAUUGGAGGACUGUCGGUAUACUAUUAUGAUUGUCCUGGUUUUUAGUUUAAAACAUUUAAUUAUUGUACACUUGGCAGUGGUGCAUGUAGUUUAUCACGAAUCCAAUGCCCCGUAGCUUUCUGGGACUGAGCACAGUGCAAGCCCUGUCAGUUACCAGUCACCCCUUUUCUUCAAUUAAAGUCCAUUGUCUCCCUUAUGGGGUUGGACGGGCUUGAAGUCAGUGGCCCCCUGAGAGGUAGACAGAAAAUGGCUGAGCAAAGGGAUCUCUGUUUUUCCCUAUAAAGGGCAGAAGGGGAGAAGUGCUCCUUGCAGUUGCAUGUGUGAAUAUAAAUGGGAUGAAUGAAGAUGGAAGAAAAGAGAAAUUAUCAAAUUGUCCCAGAGAGGAGAAUUAGCAAGUUCAAAGUACAUAUCAUGGAGAAGGAAAUAGAAAAAUGUUGUUGUCCUGUAGUGGACUAUUUUUUUUUAUAUAGUAUUGACUGAAGAUGAGGAUGGUGAUGACAAAGAGGAAAGGGAAUGUAAUAGCCAUAGUGGUAUAAGCUUAGUCAGUGCCAGUAAAGGUGUGUGGAAGGAUUUUGAAUGAGAGAAUGAUGAAUAAUAACCAAUAAAAAUGAAAGUGAUGAACAAGGAUGAUUUAGGAAACUGAACGCAUGUCCUGACAAGAUCUUUGCCUAGAGAAGGUGGUUUGAUGAAUUUGUAGGGUGUGUAUGAAGAAAAUUUUUAGUAAGUACUAUAGGGAAGUGUAAGGUAAUGGCAUUUGGAAGGGCAAGAGAGCAGUCCAUUGAUUUUACAAAGCCAUUCAGACAGGACAGAGAGCAAAUUUAAGUACUUGGGGAUGGUUCUAUAAGUAUGGGAUAGGUAAGGAAGAGAGCUGUGAAGGGCAGAAAGGUAAUUCAUUGGAGAUUAUCAUAAGUUUAAGGGAAAAAAGAGGGGUAUAAGAAAUAGCAUUAUCCUUCCAACUCUGGCUUAGAAACAUGGAUGUGGAGUGUAGCACAGAAGUCACAAAUAGGCAUGGUGUAAAUGAGCCAUAUGAGGAAUGCAUGUAGUGUGGCAAGACAGGAUGGAGGAAGUAUUGAAGAUGUGUAUAAGAGUUUUGGUAUGGAUGUAACAGCAAGGGAAGUGGCUUAUGGAGUUGUUGAAUGGGUGAAAUGUGAUACUCUGAUGGUUUAGACAUGUGAUAAGAAUGAAUGAGGAUGACUUUGUGAAGGGAGUGUAUGGGGGGAUGAUAGAGGGAGAGGGUAGCAGGGAGAGACUAUCAGUGAAAUGGAUCAAUAGAAGAAAUAAGUAACAGAGUGUGAGAGUUGGCAGGAAAGGGACUGAGUGUGUUGAGGGGGAGUGUUGGAGCAGGCAAAGGUGACGAUGCUUUUGCUGUGGCCAUCCUCUUGGGGGGAGUUCCUGUGAGGGGACAAGGGAUCCGAGUUAUUGAUAGCUACACGGAACUGGAAGGAUGAGUACAAAUUACCCAACAUUCCUUAUAUGGGUUAUAAGAGUAGGUGUUCUAAAGGGGUAAAGGGAAGCUGUCAAAGCAUCAGGGAGAGAGGGCCUGGCCAGCACCAACACCUCCUCCUUUCCUUCCCACAGAGAGCUGGACAUGGCAAGUCGCACCACGAGUCAUGAAGGGCAGAUGUAAAUUAUCGUAAUUCAAAUAAAUGGCUAAAAUAGC